UGACAACGCCCCUGCAAGGGGGAACAAGAGCCCUUCGCCUCCGGAUGGCUCGCCGGCCGCCGCCCCUGAGAUCAGAGUCAAUCAUGAGCCAGAGCCCGCCGGAGGGACCGCGCCCGGGGCUGCCCUCCCCAAGUCCCCGUCUCAGCUCCGGAAAGGCCCGCCAGUCCCUCCGCCUCCCAAACACACCCCGUCCAAGGAGGUCAAGCAGGAGCAGAUCCUCAGCCUGUUUGAGGACACGUGUGUCCCUGAGAUCAGCGUGACCACCCCCUCCCAGUUUGAGGCUCCGGGGCCGUUCUCGGAGCAGGCCAGUCUGCUGGACCUGGACUUCGAGCCCCUCCCGCCGGUGGCCAGCCCGGUGAAGGCGCCCACACCCUCUGGUCAGGAGGGCACCUUUGCCGUGUCCUGGCCCAGCCAGACGGCCGCGCCAGGGCCCGCCCAACCAGCAGAGGCCUCGGAGGUGGCGGGUGGGACCCAACCUGCGGCUGCAGCCCAGGAGCCCGGGGAGACGGCGGCAGAGGACGCAGCCUCC